CACCUCGUCGUCGCGGAGGAGAAGGUCCCGCAGAAGGCGACGGUCUACAAGGUCGACCCGCCCAUCCGCCACGAGGCGCACCGCCUCGCGCUCUGGGGCGCGCUGCGGGACGGCACGCUGAGCGUCGUCACGUCGGGCCACGCGCCGCGGCCGCCGAGCUCCAAGAUGCUCGCGACGGGCGAUUUCGUCCGCGCGGCCGCGGGGACGCUCGCGGGCGCGAACCAGCUCCUGCUGCCGGCGCUGUGGGCCGCGGCGAAGCACGAGGGCUUCGGCCUCGGCGACGUCGCGCGCUGGCUCGCGGCGGAGCCCGCGCGGCUCCUGGGCCUGGACCGCAAGGGCGCCAUCGCCGUCGGCAACGACGCGGAUUUCGUCGUCUUCGCCGACGGCGCGCCGGGCGGCUACGACGUCCUCCACGGCGAGCGCGGGCCGCCGGAGCAGCUCCCGAACACGCGGCGCAAGCCCGUCACCUGCGUCUACCAGGGCGCAGACCUGCUCGGCGACGUCCGCGCGACGGUCGUCCGCGGCCGCCUCGCGUUCCUCGACGGCCGCUUCCGCGACACGGGGGUCGGG